ACGCCGCGAAUGACGGUUCUUACUCCGCUCCCAAUUUAACGAACACGCGAUUGUGUAUUCUUAUUUGUGUAUAGUGAAACUUUGAUAAAGUGAUGUGAACAUAAUUAAUGGUGUUAGUGGUUUUGGAUUUCGGUUUUUAAAGUGUGAUGCACGGCGUUGAGUAGUCAUGGCGUGGAGCGCACUGCUCUUGCUAUGCGUGGUCGCAGUGGUUGCUGAUAAACACGAGGAGUCGAGCUCAACAGACCCUGAGAAUACCACAACGCAAACUCCUCCAAUUCCCCUGAGACCAGAAUAUGCACAUCCUGCAGGUGUUGAAGCAUUGGACCCCUACAACUCAGAGAAGAAUCCCCCACCACAUAGAGACUACUUGGAAGAAGAUUACGACCACGAGAGUCACAAGGAUGACGACCAUGAUAACAGAGAUGAUGCAGACGAGCUGCCGUCUCUCUCUGGAGACCAUUUGCUACAGAGUUCCUCUGAGUUACCAAUGUUUUUACUAGAACCUCAACAUGCAUAUGUUGUGCGAAAUAAACCAGCGACUUUGCGGUGUCGUGCGGCAAAUGCAUUGCAAGUGUACUUUAUGUGUAACGAUGUUAGGUCAGUGGGAAGCACUCAGUUUGAGUUCGUGGACCCUCAAAGUGGGAUCAGAAUUGUGGAAGCCGAGUGUAAUGUGACUAGGGACCAUUUGGAGGAGUAUUUUGGUGAAGAUCGUUUUGCGUGCAAAUGUCAUGCGUGGAGCAGUCGGGGAGAUAUAAGGAGUCAACCAGCGAUUGUGGAACUAGCUUAUCUUAAGAAGCAGUUUGCAAUAUCACCCGCCUCUACAUCAGUGGAAGCCGGGUCGGCAGCAUCAUUACGCUGUUCGCCACCAAGUGCCGCACCAGCUCCGAGGAUAUCCUGGCUAAAGAAUGGCAUCCCACUCCAGCAAGACCAUAACGUACUUAUUUCUGCUGAAGGCAACUUGCUGAUAUCGAGGGCUUCAUUACAGGACAUGACAAACUACAGUUGCGUGGCUGAGAAUAUAGCCGGUAAAAGAAUUUCUGAGCCUGCUACACUUACAGUAUAUGUAAACGGUGGUUGGAGCGCCUGGGGUCCCUGGACGCAAUGCCGAUGCAAUGGAAGAGUAUCGGGUCAACGUCGAACAAGAACGUGCACAGAGCCGCAUGCAUUACACGGUGGAGCCCCGUGUCAAGGACAGAGUGUUCAGAAGACGUCUGACUGUGUACUGUGCCAAAACGAUGGAUACAACAUGGAUCUACAAAUUUAUGAUAAUACACAACAGCUGUUGAUUGCAUCCCCUGGAUCCUCAGGCCGUUGGGGUAGCUGGACUGAAUGGUCUGAAUGUGGCUCAGACUGCCGACAGUCCAGGCGGAGGUCUUGUGUUGGAGACACUUGCUCUGGAGCCCAGGUUCAACACGCUGACUGCAUUGGCGACUUCUGUGGAGUCCAUGGAGUCGCUGCUCAUAGUGACAUACCACUGUACAUUGGUAUUGCGGUGGCUGUGGUGGUGUUCCUAGCUGGUGCUGCGGUACUUUACAAGCUACUGCAAAGGAAGACCAGGGACCAUUCUCUCUACACCAUGACUAGAACAGACUUCCAACCAGAAAUAUACCCGACGGUGGAGAAGCAGUCCCUAUCCCUGGGUCCAGAUCUGAUGCAGCACCGUCCGCCUAGAUAUGAGCAUCCACCUCCAGACCCACGGACGGAGCACCAUUAUGAUGUACCGCAUUUGACUAAUAGCUACGCAUCGCCAGUUGACCAGCAAGUGACCCCAUGCGCGUCCAGCAAAGGCCACAGCGAUGAAUAUGACACGAAGCCUUACAGCGAGUCGGAACAUUCCGCCUCCAGCUGUUUUACCAGUUCUGGCUCAAUGUACGACGCGACAAACGAAUCCGUCACAUUACAAUUAGCGGAACUGGUUUCUAAUUCACCCACUUCCCAAUCGUUAUCAGUGUCGAGUUCUGGAGCCAGGCUUUCCCUACCAGCUGGGGUAGCUCUUUCGAUACCAGAAGGAGCGCUUGGUAGAGGACGUCGCGAGCAAAUAUACGUGGCCGUUGUCAAAGAUGACAGAUACAGAGCGAGACUUGGAAAAGGUAUCACGCAACUGAGUCCAGUAGUUAAAUGUGGCCCGCCUAGACUUCAAUUAAACAAGUCGGUUAUAUUACAAAUACCGCAUUGUGCGAGCCUAAAGCACGGCUUCUGGAACCUGGCUUUAUACGCCAUAGACAAUAACAAAGACAACGCACAGCCACAUUGGAAGAAAAUCGUCAACCUUGGCCAAGAGACGAUCAAUACUCCGGUCUUCACCCAACUCGACACCGACAAAAUAUUCCUAGUGACCGAUAUGCUAUCCACAUUUGUUUUAGUCGGGGAAAGUUUUAAUGGAAAGGCCGUGAAGGCACUCCAAUUAGCCGUGUACGCCCAACCCACAAUUAAUGAUUCAUGCACCGAGUACACUAUCCGCUUCUAUAUAUUCGAAGAUACCCCGUGCGCCACUUAUUACUGUCAGGAACAGGAAAAGAAAUCCGGCGGAGUUCUAUUGGAGCGACCGAAAACGUUGCUAUUCCAAGAUGGCGGAUCCAAUUUAUGUUUAACUUUGGAGCAUGUCAGUCCCGGAUGGAAAGCGAGACCGGGCGCGGCGUACCAAGAAAUACCUUUCGGCCACAUUUGGGCGUCUAGCUACAACGCCCUGCACUGCAAUUUCACGUUAGACCGAUCAUACGACUGCGACAAUAUCGACUUCACUGUAUCCGCCUGUCAAAGGACGAAUCCCUCUUACAAACAAACGUUCCGAAUAGCAAUCGACGAUCUGACCCAUUCACCGAGAGGACGCUCGCCGCGCGUAGACGCUAGGAAUUUCAAUAUCACAGAAAAUUUGUUAGAAUCCCGAAUGUGCCGGAGCGAGACGAGCGACGACGGAAGCGUGAAACGGAACGUCACCGUCAACGAAGCUGGGGUGAACGAGACUGACGGCCCUUUUAAGUUGAACGUCAGGAUCAAACGUCAACUGUGCUCGAUUCUGGACCCUCCGAACGCUAGGGGCAACGAUUGGAGGGCUCUGGCGAGCAGACUAGGGGUCGAUAGGUACACCACGUGGUUUGCGACCAAGAGUUCUCCUACCGAGGCUAUUUUGGAGCUUUGGGAGUGUAGAGAGCGGGGCGCCGCCGCGAUAUCUUCGCUGGCCACCGCGCUGCGGCAGAUGGACCGCCACGAUGCAGCAGAUCUGCUGCAGAACAGGCCGUCUUGGUUAUGAAUUGUGACUUAAUAAUACUUAGAGGCUUCGGAACAGAGGUAUGGGUUUUCUAUGUAAUUGUAUGUAAAGGAUGGAAGUAUUGAGGCGUUGCUAAUUAUUGUGUAGUUUAAAUGUUACUUAGAUUAUCGGCCAUUGGCCGUGUAAAAUCGUGGUAGUUGUCAAACUAUCGAUGCUGUAGAUAAGCGGAUAAAUUAUAUAGUAGCAAUAAUAGUGCCUAAUCUUUUAAAGAAUGUAGCCGUUUGUCGGAUGUUUUGUUAUUUUUUAUAAGCGUUUGAGUGUUCAUUGUAUUGGAAUAUUUCGAUUUAGUUAUGCUUUGUUUUAUGUACGUAACUAUUAGCUCGCAUUAAUUAUGCAUUUUUAGUAGUUGUCUUUUGUUUAGGUUGCCAUGGUGACGGCGCCAUUUUGAACGCGUUGCUAUGGCAACUUGUAAGCUCGUAGUUACGUAAUUAGAUACGUGCCAAAAUAGUUUUUUGGCAAAUUAAACGCACUAUUCCGAGCUUAUUGUAAAAAUUGUUUAUUAUAAGACUUAAAUGCAUUUACUACAAUGGGUUAUGAUAUUAAAAUUAUAUUUUAACUGGGUAUAUGAUACAGAUUGACUAGUACAUUUAUAUAGUAAGAAAUAAUACAUAGGAAUCUUUUAACUCCACCUGGAAGGGAGGUUUUCUGAGGCAUAUUUCAUUUCAUUAUACAUAUAUCAAAUAUCUUGAACUUUGGCAAAUAUGUGUGAAAGAAACUAGAUCUUAUGCUAUUUUUUAAAGAAACAUAACUAAAAAUAAAAUAAAAAAUACUUUAUUCUACUCAAACAUUACAUUUUGUACUUCAAGUUGUAAAACAUACACUAGGCAACGAAUCGUUGAGAUAGAAUACUUAUUGUUUUGCUCGCUUAAUUUAAAGAAUAUAUCGUUUAAUUUUUUUAUUCAAGGCUAUUUUUUUAAUUUCAAGAAUUUACUCCUUCUGGUGCAAUUUAAUUGCAAUAAGCUGUAUGUUAACACCUUGAAUUGCCGUAUAUCUUGCGCUAGUCUAAAAAGCUCCUCGAAGGUGAUGCCGGUACACUUU